AUGGACAAAGUGCUCGUCAGCCUCCUAGUUCUGGGAACAGCGGUAAUGAUGGUCCAUGCAUGCCCGAAGUACUGUGUCUGCCAAAACCUGUCUGAAUCUCUGGGCACCCUUUGCCCCUCCAAAGGCCUGCUCUUUGUCCCUCUGGACAUUGACAGACGUACCGUGGAGCUCCGAUUGGGUGGCAACUUCAUCCUGAAGAUCACUCCACAGGACUUUGCCAACAUGACGGGUCUGGUGGACCUAACCUUGUCCCGGAACACCAUCAGUGCCAUCCAGCCUUUCUCCUUCAUCGACUUGGAGACCCUCAGGUCUUUGCAUAUGGACAGCAACCGUUUGACUGAACUAGGACCAGAUGACCUGCGUGGGCUCGUCAACCUUCAGCACCUCAUCCUCAACAACAACCAGCUCAGUCACAUCUCCAAGUCGGCCUUUGAGGACUUGAUGCUGACGCUCGAAGACCUGGACUUGUCCUACAAUAACCUGCGAGGCUUGCCUUGGGAGGGGAUCCGCAAGAUGGUCAACCUCCAUCAGAUGAGUUUGGAUCACAACCUCAUCUCUUACAUCGCAGAAGGGACUUUCACCGAUCUGGAUAAAUUAGCCCGCUUGGAUCUCACGUCCAACAGGCUUCAGAAGCUACCGCCUGACCCCAUCUUUGCCCGUUCCCAGAGCAACAUUGUGCUCAGCACUCCAUACUCCCCCCAGCUCUCUCUAAGCUUCGGUGGAAAUCCUUUACACUGCAAUUGUGAGGUGCUCUGGCUCCGAAGGCUGGACCGAGAGGAUGACAUGGAGACUUGUGCUUCCCCGCCGAGCCUCAAGGGCCGCUACUUCUGGUACGUCCGAGAGGAAGAGUUCCUCUGUGAGCCGCCACUGAUCACGCAACACACCCACAAGCUGUUGGUCCUGGAAGGCCAAACGGCUAGCCUGCGAUGCAAGGCGUUGGGCGACCCGAUGCCCAUCAUUCACUGGGUGGCUCCCGAUGACCGCUUGAUUAGCAAUUCGUCUAGGGCAAUAGUCUAUGAGAAUGGUACUCUGGAUAUUACCAUCACCACAUCGAAAGAUUAUGGCACCUUCACUUGUAUCGCAGCCAAUGCCGCUGGGGAAUCCACGGCCUCCAUUGAACUCUCGAUUAUUCAACUUCCCCACCUCAGUAAUGGCACGAACCGCACUGCACAGCCCAAGUCUCGGCUCUCUGACAUCACAAGCUCGACCAAGAUCAGUAAGGGGGAGCCUAAGCCUCAGCCAGAGAAGGUGGUUUCCGUAUCAGAGGUAACCUCUGUCUCUGCUCUGAUCAAGUGGACUGUUAGCAAAGCAGCACCCAAGGUGAAAAUGUACCAGCUUCAGUACAACUGCUCUGAGGAUGAAGUGCUGAUUUACAGAAUGAUCCCAAUGGCCAGCAAAGCCUUUUUAGUCAGCAACCUUGUUCCAGGGAUGCAGUACGACUUGUGCGUCUUGGCAAUCUGGGAUGACACUGCCACCACCCUUACUGCCACCAACAUUGUAGGCUGUGUACAGUUCAUCACCCGCGAUGACUAUCCACAGUGCCAAUCGAUCCACAGCCAGUUCCUGGGUGGCACAAUGAUCCUGGUGAUCGGAGGCAUCAUUGUAGCAACCCUGCUGGUCUUCAUCAUCAUUCUCAUGGUCAGGUAUAAGGUGACCAGUGGCAUCCAGUCCAGUAAGCUCCCCACUGUUAGCAACACAUACUCACAAACCAAUGGUGGUUUGAACAGGCUCAAUGGCGCACCGCCCCAAGUCAAACCCACCGUGGUCGUGACGAGGAAUGAGGUGGUGGAGUUUAAAUGUGGCUCGCUUCAAAGCAGCCUCUCCUCUUCCUCGUCCUCCUCCGACUCGAUGGGCGGCCAUGGCGCCCAGGGCGAUGGCGAUCGCUACAGUCUACGAGAUGGCGAAAGCAAUACGCUCCCCAGCAGGAAGUGGAGACGGCACGGUGGGGGGAAAGGCAUCAAAACCAGGGCCAACUUGGACCAUUUACUGGGGGCUUUCACUGCUUUGGAACUGCGAGGUCCGGCGAGGGACCACCAGGGGACCUCGUGCUCCUCCACCACCUCCACUGCCAUUGUGGCAGUGGCCAUGGCACCGCAGUCCGAUAAGGAACCCUUGCUGGGCAGGGCAGAGUCCACUACUAUGCUCGGCCGUCUCCUGGGACUCCCCCAGGAGGGGAAGCAGCCCAAGAGGAGCCGCUCGUUCGACGUCGGCCACGUCAGCGCCACGCAGUGCCUCAGCUACCCACGCAGGAUCAGCAGCAUCUGGACUAAGAGGAGCCUCUCGGUCAACGGGAUGCUCCUGCAGUAUGACGACAGCGAGGACAGGGAGGGCCAGAAGCCCGUGUUCGAGAGCUCGGAGUGGGUCAUGGAGAGCACGGUUUAA